CACAGGCCAAAUAAGCCACCAUUUUCUGCUUCUUAACUGGCUCUUCUCUUAUUUAUAUUGCAGACUUCCCUCCUCUCCUCUGAUCCUCAGAUCUCUGUUCUGGUGCCUUUUUUCAAUAAAGUUUGAAGCUUUUUGAGGAUUAUUAUCAAUGGCAGGGAAACCAUGGGUGAGGAUGGUGACUGCACAGACACCAACAAAUAUAGCUGUGAUAAAGUACUGGGGCAAGAGAGAUGAGACCUUGAUUUUGCCUGUUAAUGAUAGCAUAAGUGUCACUCUUGAUCCGGCUCAUCUUUGUACAACCACAACUGUUGCUGUUAGUCCUAGUUUUGACCAGGAUCGGAUGUGGCUCAAUGGAAAGGAGAUUUCCCUUUCUGGAGGCAGGUACCAAAAUUGUUUAAGGGAAAUUCGUGCCCAGGCUUGUGAUGUUGAGGAUGAAGAGAAGGGUAUCAAGAUUGCAAAGAAGGAUUGGGAGAAAUUGCAUGUGCAUGUUGCUUCAUACAACAAUUUCCCUACUGCUGCUGGACUGGCUUCCUCUGCAGCUGGCUUUGCUUGUCUUGUUUUUGCCCUUGCAAAGCUGAUGAAUGCAAAAGAAGACAAUAGUGAACUUUCUGCUAUUGCAAGGCAAGGUUCUGGCAGUGCCUGUCGCAGUUUAUUUGGUGGAUUUGUGAAGUGGAUCAUGGGAAAAGCUGAGGAUGGAAGUGAUAGCCUUGCUGUUCAACUUGUAGACGAAAAGCACUGGGAUGAACUUGUUAUUAUUAUCGCUGUGGUAAGUUCACGGCAGAAAGAAACAAGUAGCACCACAGGAAUGCGGGACAGUGUUGAAACUAGCUUGCUUUUGCAACACAGAGCUAAGGAAGUUGUACCAAAACGCAUUAAACAAAUGGAAGAAGCCAUAAAGAAUCGUGAUUUUGGAUCUUUUGCACAAUUAACCUGUGCAGAUAGCAAUCAGUUCCAUGCAGUCUGCUUGGAUACAUGUCCCCCAAUAUUCUACAUGAAUGAUACAUCUCACAGGAUAAUCAGCUGUGUUGAAAAAUGGAAUCGCUCAGAAGAAACACCUCAGGUAGCUUAUACGUUUGAUGCUGGGCCCAAUGCAGUUCUGAUUGCACAUAAUAGAAAGGCUGCUACCCAGUUAUUGCAGAAGCUGCUUUUUUACUUCCCUCCAAGUUCCGAUGCUGAUUUGAACAGUUAUGUUAUAGGUGAUAAGUCCAUACUAAAAGAUGCUGGGAUUGAAGAUAUGAAGGAUGUGGAAGCUUUGUCACCACCUCCAGAAAUUAAGAAUGCCCAGAGAAGCAAAGGAGAUGUCAGUUAUUUCAUCUGUACGAAACCUGGUAGAGGUCCUGUUUUGCUCUCUGAUGAAAGCCAGGCUCUUCUCCAUCCUGAAACUGGGCUGCCCAAAUGAACUUAGGAGCACAUUUAACUUUUCUUGCACUUCUGUACUUUUUAGUCUUGUUGACCAGAGUUGGACACUUCUGUGAGCCUGAAGUGUUUCCACUGUGAUGAUUGUUUGCAGUAAUUAAGGGUUACUGUGAAGUGAUUCUCUCAACUGUUCCUCGCAAAUUUGCAGUUAAUGCUGCUUUUUGCCUUGCAUUUGUAAUUUAUUUUAUAUUUCAGUCCAUUUAAGUUAUCGGUCUCAACAAUGAAUAAUCUGUCCGUUGCUCCUUCUAAGGUUCUUUCAGCUGUUAGCCUUACAUAGUUUUUAUGAUGUUUCCGACAUUUUGUAUCAGUUUCUGUCAUAAAUCAAUAAAUUCUUGGUUUACCUGUUA